UGUAACCAUUCACUUGGAAAACAUAAACCAUUUGCAUUACUAGUAUUUGAACUUUAAAAGGAUUUUGUAUUAGUUAAGCAGCUUAUAAGAAAUUUUGUUAAAACAGCUUUGUGGCUAUAUUAUUGUGGAAUUUAAAGCUGAUAUUGUUCGGAUUUUGACAAAAGCUAAUACACAAAGUUAUACAGUGUUUAAGUGUAAGGGGACCUUGGAAGUUUAGUUUGUACGGAAAUAGUUAAGCGUCUUGCUUUAGUUAAAUAAGAUGGGUUGGUUGCAUUGUGUGUUAGUACUGGGAGCUGUUUGGCAGAUUAAAGGUCAAGUUGAAACCAUUGGAGAAAUAUAUCAUUCAGCCAGUGGGAAUUCACCGUCGAACUUUGGUUCUGAGAGAAGGAUAUUUCUUCUCAAUAAAUUAACACUCAAACGAUCAGUAAUUACUAAAAUUGAAGCAUACUAUGAGAGAGAGGAAUCGGUGACUUUCAUGGUGUUAAGAGAGCACCCCGGGAAGGCUGGAGAUUACUAUGUUGCGUACAGUAAGACGGCCAUGCCUACAGCUGCAAUGACCAAUCAAACGAUUGAAAUUCCGUCUGACGUGGAGCCAUGGCACGUACUAAGCACAGACAGAAUCGGAUUUCUCUCAUCUGGAGUGGCCCCUGCAUUGAAGACGAUCAACGUGAAUAAGGCACAAUAUAUGUACAGCAGUGAUGUUGACACAACCAUAUCAUCAUUCAAAAAUGGAGUCUGGCCAUGGGACUGGAUGUUCAAGGUUACAUACGACACUGAUGUCAGCAAAUUCAUUGAAGGGCCAGCUGUGGUUGUGCCUACGUAUGCACCAACAACCACAUCCACUGUUUCAAAAACAACAAAUACUCCUGGAACAACAACUACAACCACAUCCGCUGGUGGCGAUAACAAUAACAACAACAACAAUAAUGGCGGAGUAACUGGUGAACAGACUUCCCCAUGGGCCAGUGAGCUGUUAAGCCCCAUUGUUGUGAUUGUCCUCCUCGCCUGGUGUUUCGUCAUCACUGUGUUCCUCCUCAUCCUAUGUUGCUGUGUCCUCAGCAGGAGGAAGUCUGAGAAGAAGAGGAAGUUCUACAUUGACUACCUUCGUCGUCAGAAUCCUUACAUCGAGAGCCUUCGCUCAAAGGACUACUCCUGGAAUGAUUUACAAAAUGGUGAAUAUGGUUCGAGCGGUGGCCCAGAGGAACAGAAGUCUGAUGUUGGAAUCGUUAACAGCAUGGUGACAAAUGAGAACGAGCCUACUGAUUCAACUCAACCUGCUUAAAGAUGGCAUUCUUGCAGUUACCUUAACAACGCUAUGGUCGAUUGGUUUGUUGUUCUGACCAGUGCAUGAACAUUGAACACUACAUACGUUUGCCUUAUAUUCACUACCGUUAAGCUUUUAAUCCUACUCGAAAUUGAUAGUUGCGAGUUGGGAGAACAACGUUGCACUUAUUUAAGAGCAUUUUUAGUAUAUAAUAUUAUAAAAUGCGAGACCAUACACCGUGCUUCGUUUUAAUACUUAAGUAAAUGAUUUCAUUAUCUAGGAUCUCGAACUCCCAACUCGUGUGACUAGUUUAACGGGUGUGCUAUUGGGUUAUUUGGAGUAAAUCUAGCAAAGUACCUAAGAAAGCGGAAUAGACAUUAAAACGACAGUUGUCAUAUAAUACAAGGACAGUUUUGUAUACGAACAUUAUGCUCGAAGCAGUUUAGUACCCUAUGCAAUAUGGAGAGAUUA